AUGCAUCAAGGGACUUUGUGUCGUUCGUUUAGCCGGUCUUCCAAUCGAAAUGGGCUUCUGCCAAUACGGGGAGUAGCUCGUGCUGCUUCCCACAACCUUUCUGGGCGUGUUCUUGCGUGCGAGUGGUCCACAUUUCGUUUUGAUUUUCGGUCUUUCUGCCGAUUUCGUAUGAAUUGCUUAAACGUGCCAAAUGGUUUUACGAUUCCUCUGCUUACGUCACAUCGAUGCACUGCGUCUUUUUCGGACAAUCAACCGCAUGGAGGUGGGAAAUCCGGGCGAGAUGCGGGGUUCACCACGGACCAACUCGGCGGCAGUGAGCCUGGGAUGGCUGAUGUGCCGGAUUCGAGCUUGGGAAUGGACUAUGAAUUCGAUCCCAUGGCCAGCAUGCAACACGAUGUGGCGGUGGAUACUGCGAAAAAAAGUUUCGAUCGCGUCCUCUAUGAGCUGCUCCCCCCCAACCCGCCGUCCUCUGCGGUGGAUAAGGUGAGGCACUACCUGCAGCAGCACCCUAUCGACAUCCUCAUCACCCAGCCACGCGUCCAGAUUACUCACCUCGAAAAAUCGGAGACCGGCCAGGAGGAAAAAGUUUCUCUUAGGCCGGUACCCCUUUCCGAGGCCUUGGCGGAGGCUCAACAGCGGUCGAUGAAUUUAGUCCAGAUGAGCACACGCGAUGACCUGGCGUUUUGUCGGAUCCGAACGGAGCGGAACCGGAUCAUGAAGCUGAUAGAACCCGAUAUGCAGGAGUCGGCGAGUGCCAUGACCGCUGGUGGUGAGCACGACCGCGCGCGUAAAACCAAAAAACUGAUCGAACAUAGCUUUCGCGACGCCGUCGAUGCUCACUUUAUUGGCUGGAAGAGCCGGAAGAUAUGCGAGGAUAUGCGGAAAGGCCACCCCGUGAGGAUCAGCAUUAAAGAAUUUCAAUCCGUCGAGUCUGCGAUGCGAAAGCUGCGGGAGAUGUGCGAGGCUAUCCGAACCCAUGCGGAGGGGAACUCCAUCUACCACCAUGUGACGAGUAUCGUGGGCAACGAACGGGAGGCGAGCGUCUCGCUCUCGCCCGCGGUGCCGUCCAAGACGGUGAAGCACCCCGCGGAGAAGGAGUGGGCGCACGCGCAGAAACGAAUGGAGGACGCGUGCCGCAAGGCGGGCCGCCUCGGUACGUACUUCAAGGACGGCCGUCUAAAGCCUCGCAACAUCGGUGCGUCGUUGUAUCGCGUCGACAAGUACGGUCGGCGUGUGGACUAG